AGGACACUGACCGUGUAAGAAGAGGAAAAUAACAGGUGUACCCUCUCGCUGUUAUCAACUCAUCAAUAAGCUCCAGACAUCUGCAUGUAAGUCCAGCUCUGAUUAUCCGGUUGUAGAUAUUGUUUUGAAACUCCAGCUCAGUCCUUGUGUCUCAAGUUUCUUGUUAGACUGUGAAAAAUGAGAGGCACAUGGGAAAGAAAAUCCUGAAAGUCACGGUCUACACCACAAACCAUAAAGAGAUUGAGACCUUUCCCAAAGGAUAAAUCAUCAACAAACAAUGGAGGUGUCUGAGACUUUCACUUCCUCCUUUCCUGCAGGUGCUUUUUUAAAAUCAUGUCAGAAAAGAAAAACCCUCAAAUGAGAAUAUGCCGUGACUCUCAAGUCUAACAGCAGGGGUUCAUUGGCGAGUCUACAAGUCUUUUAAACAGAUUUUGGAAAUUUAAGGUCAUGAAAAGUUUGAAAAGAACAUAAAUUUAAGUUUUAAGAUCUUAAAUUUUAUUUUGGAUGGAAAACCCCUGAGACAUGUCCGGUUACUUGAUUAAAUCUACUCUGUCUUAAUAAGGUAAUACAAAAUUUUAGGACUCUUUCAGUAGAUUUGCUUGUUUCCGUGGUCAAAACUGUAUCUAUGGCGGGUAAUUGAAUACACAUACAUGUACAUUUUUCUCUGUAGAGACCUUAAAAGUCUGAGAGCUCUGUUUCAGCUCUCAUACCUGCACACUCUUGGAUUUUAAGUCCAGACGAUAACGUGAAAUAAAAGCAGUCAAAAGAGGCCCCCUUAGCUUCGGUCUUUCUUAUAAUCAAACAGCUAAAACUGGACACAGGUUCACCUUAAAGAUGAUCAGGUCUAAUGAGUCAUUUGAGGAGAACAAAGAGAGACCUUAGGAAAUCUCAGGACAGGGAAACAUCUCCAAACUCAUGACAAACAUUCAUGUUAAUUCGAUCAGAUGAUCUGAGACACUGCUGCUGUUUUGUGAACCUAAGUCUGAAGACGGAGAGUUAAAAUAAUUGGAGUCACAACUUUGGGUAACUGGAAACAGCUGAUGUUUUCUUCACUGAUUACAGACGGUCAACUCCUCCGGCCUUAUGUAAUACAACAUGGAGGGGUCGACAAAAGACUACGUGUGUGCGUGACCUUUUUCUUUUAAGGUGCUCAGCGAGGUGCAUGCAAAAAACCAGCUGGACCUUUGCUCCUGCAGAAAAGUUUUACUCUACACUUCAUUUAAAUAAAAACUAAAAUUUAAGCAGAGUUUUGAUAUUAGUUACACAACCAGCUUGACAAAUUAGAUUUAACAUGCCAUGUUUCACAGAUGAUAGGCUUAAAAUCAGAGGUGGCUCCUGUGGAAACAUUUAAUUACUUUAUUUUUUUUGAAAGGAACAAAAGCGGGAUACAUCAGUUAAUGUGUCUUUUCCUACAAAAAUCAACGUCAUUUCUUAUUAGCGCAGGAAGGAUGAGUUUUAACAUGGUCUGAGAGGGGGAGGAAGUCCCUUUCUACUUGGAUAAUAUAAGAAAAUAAAAAGAGAAGACUCCCCUGACCCACUUUAGUGUAACAAUCAGGUAAGAAAGCAGGUUAAACUCUUAUUUCCAAUAGAUGUAAUCUGACAUAGAGGUGGAUUUUAGACCCAAACUGGAUUACCAUAAAGUUGCACAAUAAAAAGCCAUUGUCUUCAGGUUUUAGGAGAUUUCAAAUCCAUGGUUUAUAAACAUUCUUGGCACCCUCACAAUAAAAUGUUUCCCAGCGCACUUGUGCUCCAGUCUCGCGGUUCUGACCCCGUUUACAAAGCCAAGUUAGAUUUCACUGGAUCACAUGCUCACUUCUGGUCAACAGGCAACGCUAGUUCUCAAACUCACGCACCGCACUUUAUGACGAUAAACAUGCUGCGCAAAUCAUAUUCAGCUGACUGAAUACAAUGAAGAAUUUUCAAAACAAGAUGUUUAGGGUGGUUUUUGGAGUUCAAAAGAAAGGGAAUAAUUUGAGGGAGAGACACCAGAGAGAUUAUUUGUGCUCUUUUAUUGAUCUAAAUGAUGAGCCUGUACGCAUUAGUAUCAUUUCCUUUGACCUGGCAUGAAACAGAUGCAAGAGGCCUUCAAUUUUUAACCAGUUAAAUCAAUUUUACUUGAACAAGGGAAUAUUUUUUGCGAGUACAACCAAAGAAUUGUCUCUUAAUCGCCUUCUGAUAAAACUUUAACUUUGUUCAUCACACUUUAUUAUGAUAAAUUCAAACAUAAAAGAAGAUAUUUGGAAAAAUGACGUAUCUUUGAAUAGAUGCAUGUUACAUGAAGUACUGUUGCACUGCUGACCUCUGCUGGACAAAAUGCAUUUAACACAAAGUCAGGUCACAUUUCAGAUCAACCAGAAUGAUAAAAAACAAGUUUUGAUGUUGGGAUUUCAAAGAGCAGACCACAGAGCUGGGAUCAGACUGUCUAACACGUCAGAUCAAAGAUGGUUGAGGAGCAUUUCACGAUUAAAUAAUGUUGGAGAAGAGUGUGGCAGAGUGAUGAGGCCACCUUACAGACAAAAAAAAAAGGGGAAUUUAGUAACAAAAUCCUAAAUUUACUGGAUUUAAGUCAACAAGAUAAGAACAUCAGUCAGCUACUUGCUUUAAAAUGAGAACUGUGGGGUAUCCUGUGAACUUUUACUUAAAUACUAGUCUAAAAAAACCCAGAGUACUCAAUCUUUUAGAACAUCAGCACCAACGUCAUCAAAACAAGAGACAGUGAUCUUUGAAAACAGAAAGGCUAAUGUGCCGCCUGUUUUUUUUUUAAUCAGCUGUGAGUUUGGGAAACUACGAUGACCCUGAAGGUCAAAAGUCAGCUGUAAAAGUCAGUUAGGGUCAUGAAACGUUACAACGGUUGACCUUCAGGGCCUCCGUACCAGAUUUAUAUGUUUCUAUAUAUGUUUAUUAAAGCUGCUUUGAGGAAUUUGGGAUUGUUUUGACACUGGCACCCCCUGUGGACAAAGUAAGAACUCUUAUUUCAUGUCCUGUUAGUGAUGUGUUUACAAACAAAAACCUCCUUCUGUUGUCUUUUAAGAGUGAAAUAUAUCAGUGAAAUUACAGAUUAUCCGCAUGCUGCUUAUCUCUUGUUUUGGUGGACAUCUUCACGUCCGUCAGGCUGCUUUCUUGUGCCUCAGCGACACAUCAUUGUUUAAAAAACCCCCUUUGUGAAAUGAGCAUAGUGUGACUCAAACUCAUGGAGACUGUAGGAAAUUACUUUUCACACACAAACCAUGACUGGCCAUGGAAAUCAUUACAGCACAGCUUCCUACGCAUCAACUGAACCAUCCGUUUUCCUGCUUCAAAUAUACCACAGCUUCUUUCCGCGGCCCCAUGACUGAUAACCACCUGACAGAUGGUGGUUUCUGCGUGACAGGGACAGAACGAGCCAGUCAUGAAAGAUCGGUUAGACUUUUGUCUGUGGAAGUGGUGGAGCAGACUUCAACUCUGCAGACUUUCUGAAGAUUUGUUAUCACAUAUGUAGAGUCCUGCCCCUUUGGAAGAUAACAUGUUUGAAAUAGUUGCUCUGUAUUUUUUACAUACUUUAGCUGCUCACUUCUAUCUGUGCUGUGAUCCUACAUGUCUAUUAUGUUUUUGAAGGUCAAGGCUUCACAUGAGUCUCCUUUCACACCUCUUCACUGUCAUAUUCACAGUGAAGCACAAAAACAAAGCCAUCUAUCAUAAAUGUAAUAUACUUAAGUAUGAGCUUCUCUGAGAGAUCUGUUGAGUCAGUUUCAUCAGGAAUCUUCUGAACGAGACUCCGUGCCUCCAUGUGACACUAAAGGAAUGCAGAAAGUUUUGUUUCUGAAAACCUUUCCUCUUUAACAGAUGUAUAAGGAAUGAGGGUUCACAUUUUAAAAACACAUUUACUCUCAACAGCUGACUCACCGCCUGUCAGACUGAAACACUACUCCGACGAUCAGCUUAUGCUACACAAGACAGAGACGCUGCAAACCUUUUAAAGGAAAUCCUUUACCUCUCAGGUGAGCUCUUAAGUGCUGUGUAUUUUACUUGGCUUUUCUAGAGGUAGCAUUAACUGGACAUGCGGCGACUGAACAGGGAAAUAAUUCUGAAUUCAAGGCCUCAAACUCCCAUUAAAACUGUGGUAAAUAAAAAUGCAGUUUAAUCUUUCUUUAAAUUAACAAACAAACUCCUUGUACCACUGGAUAUGUCUAAUUUUUGUCAGGCUGUACCAUUUUCAUUGAAGUCCAUUAAAAACUCCUAAAAUUUAACUCUUACACUUACUUACAAACACUUAAUACAAAUGCUGAGGUACUUCUUUGUCGUACUUUCAGGCUGAAAACUUGUUUGGUAAGUCCUGAGUGGAGAUUACUGUAAGUGUUAAGGCAGUUAUGUGCACUCAUCUAAGAUUACCUGAUACCUGGACAAAAGUUUUAUAUGUUACCGCUUUUGAAACCUAAUUUUACGCCUCACUGAGACCUUUUUGUCCUGUUUCGGUUCUGUUUGUGAAGAAUUUAUCCCCAGAGCAAGCUCCUUUAUAGCAAAAAAACCCCACUUUGUUUUCUUUGUUCAUCUUUUGGUUCAUAUUUCCUUUUAACUUUAUCUCAAACUCGUCUGUACCUCUGUGUUUGAGUAGACAAGGAUAUAAAACGGUUAAAUCAGCUUUUAAAAAAAUGUAUUGGCUUCUCUUUACAGCAUGAUAAUCUGGAUUUAAGUAAAUAAAUUGUUCUUGAAAAACUUUUCUUUUAACAGGAAAGGAAGUUGUGACAAAAAUAGUACAGUAUUAUCUCAAAGACAAACAUGGUUUCUUUAGAGGAAGUGUCUUUAACCCGUCACCACCAGUGCAGAGAGAGGUGUGGCGACUGACAACCUCUUCAGGAAUAUUUGCCUUCAUUUAAGAUAUCCUGAGGCAACUUUUACUGUGCAGUGUUUUGCCACUUUUUAACAAAUAUAAUAAUUGGGGUUUUUAACAUACUAUUAUUGAGAGGAGAGGAUAGUGGAAUAGAUGUGGAGAAAGAGACUAUCUGUAUAUGGGUUACAAUAUUUAACCCCUGAGACAAACUGCUCCUUUAACAUUUUACAUUUUUUAGCUUUAGUUUUUUCUCCACUUCCUAAAACGAACAUUUCGCAGUAGCAUUGUGCGCAUAGCCAAUGACGCUAGGCUCAAACAGCGUAUCCCCCUACGCAAUCUUCGUACGCCCAUAGGCUGUAUCAAGUGUCAAUCAUAGAAAACAUGAACCCCCUAAUAACUAGGCGAGAUUUAUGACCUAUACUGCAGCCCGUCACCAGAGGGUGCUGUUCUCACAGUGGUUUCACCCAGCAAGGAGGCAGACACUGUCCAAUCUAUAUCCAGUCUAUGGUGUUGACGUCUCAAAAGGAAGCAGUGUCUCCAUGUAACUGAUUGAACAUACAUUAAGAAAUUUUGACAAAAGCCAUGUAGUGAUUAUUUAAGUUUAACAACCAAUAAUGUUUAAGUAGUUUUCCAAAAACUAAGAAAAGUUUCAAAUUUCAUGACCUAACUUUGUGUUCCCCUUUUUAUGUUCUUUCAACCAAUAGUUUUUUUCCUUCCAGUCUUUCUGGACAAUUUUUAGCCUGAAAGCUUAAGAAACCCCCUCUAUUUUGAGCGACAAACAGCUAAUAGACAAAGUCUGAAACUAGCUGGUGACUUCAGCAAAGUAAGUGAAAGCCAAAGAAUGAUAUAGCUGUACUUAAAAGAGUUUUUAAAUACUUGAAAAUACUUUGACAAGACGAACAAUCUCAAACUUUCUCCCGGACUGGCAAACAUGUCCCAGUAGGGGGCGCAUUUGCACACAGCGACCCGGCAGUGAGUCAGUCUCCCAUCAGGAAGGAGGCUCAAGGUACAAAGUGGUACAAAAAUAGUUUUCAUCAGCCAUCAGGAACAUUAACGCGGGGAAGAAACCCUGAGAGCUGUUGGUUUUUAUUUGGUUUUUAUUUGUUUUUAUUUGGUCUUGUUUCAAUCAUUUUAAUCUCUUACCCCUACCCCUGUAUUGUGCUGUUUGUUCGACUACUGUCAUACAUGUGAUUCACUGCAAACAAAAUUUACCUGAGGGUACAAAUAAAGCAACCUUUGACCUUUUGACCUUUGACGUCUUUGCUUUCAGACAUGAGGGACAGGCUGGGGCACCUCUUUCAGGUGCCGAUUGACACUGAAGGCUUCAGCACAGUGGAGCUGGACAAUUUCUCAGAACACAAUGUGGAGGCAGCAACAGCAUCAUCAUCACAUCAAAAUCAGGAGCUGGACGGCGUCCUGCAGGAGGCGAAUCAGAUCCGUCUGGAAAUCCAACAGAUCCAGAACGACAUCAGCGAGCUGAAAGACGUGAACUACCAGACCUUAAACCAGACCUCUUACGCUGACGCCACAAAGAGGGACUCCAACGCUAUUGGGGCGGAUGUUAAACGUAGAGGUGAAGCUGUGCUGCAGCAGCUGCACAUGAUGAAUGACCUCAGAGUAAGGCUGGAGGAGCAGCAUGGUACCUCUCACCCCACAGUUCGCAUCGCUCGAACACAGUACCAGUGUCUCAGCAAUGCUCUGCAGGAGGUGAUGUUCAGCUACAACGACACAGAGAUGAACCACAGGGAGGCCUGUAAGCGGCAGAUCCAGAGGCAGAUGGAGGUCGUGGGCAGGGAGGUCAGCGAGGGGGAGCUGGAGGAGAUGAUGGAGAGCGGGGAGCUGAAUGUGUUCAGCAUUCAGGUGGAGGGGAAAACAGCUCGCUCGGCUUUCCUGCAGAUCGAGAGCCGACAUAAGGAGCUGCAGGAGCUGGAGAAGAGGAUCGAGGUGAUCCAGGAGCUGUUUCUAGAUGUGGCCAUGCUCGUGGAGCAGCAGGGGGCGGACAUCGAGAACAUCCAGAAGAACGUUCAGAACACUGGAGUGAUUGUUGAGGAGGCCGUAAGUCGACUGGAUAGAGCUAUUCAAUCUGAUAAGAACAAUCCUUUCAAGAAGAUGUUCUGUGGCUGCUUCCCGUGUUUUUACAAUUAG